UCGUUUCAUCGCUUCUUCUUCUCGUCUCUCCGUCGUCGUCGUCGUCGUCUCUCUGUCGUCGUCUCCCCGUCCUUGUCGUCGUCGUCUCUCCGUCGUCGUCGUCGUCGUCGUCGUCUCUCCGUCGUCGUCUUCGCCUCUCCGUUGAUCCGUCGUCGUCGUCUCUCCGUUUAUUUAUCGUCGUCGUCGUUUCUCAAUUGAUCUGUCGUUUCUACGUCUAUUCAUCUCAUUCUCUCUCUCGUGUGUCUGAUUUGAUUAAGAACAAUGGAAGUUUUGUGCAUCUGUGGACAAUGGAUCUCAAAAGAAUCUCUCCAGUGGGAGUUUCUUGUUGAUUUGAAGAGGAAUGCAUCAAUCAUUUCCAUAGAAGAAGAUCUACUGUAUGAAGAUUUGAUGAAGAUUGUCUCUCUGAAGAUUUUAGUGUUAAAGAGGAAGAAAUCAGUUUGAGUUAUGGUUUUUCAUUGGAUAUGAAAUGUAUUAUUGAAAGUUUCCCCCCACUCUCGAUAGGUAAUACUCGUCAGCUCAGAACUUUCAUUUCCAAGACUAGAGCAUUUGAUGGAACCUGUCGUUUGUGUGUUAAGGUUAGUACUGAUCCAGUUAGCUGUAACACUCAAGCUUCUGAUACAUUUGCUUCUACUGUUCCAUUGAAUGCCAAUCCAGCGAUUCUUUCUACUGUGCAGAGUGAAAAACAGAGUCUUCUAUAUGAAGGUGUUUCUACAGUUCCUCUGAAUGCUCUUCCGGAUUUUAGUACUGAUUCAGCUAGCUGUAACAUUCAAGCUUCUGAUACAUUUGCUUCUACUGUUCCAUUGAAUGCCAAUCCAGUGAUUCUUCCUACUGUGCAGAGUGAAAAACAGGUACAUUGUCCCUAAUUCCCUUUUUCUGUUUGUGUUUGCAUGAUAUGCUUCAUAAUCAAGUAUUAUGCCUUACAGAACUACUUGACUUUUGCAGAGUUUUCUAUAUGAAGG